AUGCGACGCGAAGGCGACGCCAAAUGCGAUGUUGCCGCGCUUGGUUUUGGAGACCUCGUACGCCCACCAGCAGACGCUCAUCUCGCGCUCGGUGCCGACGGUGAACGAGAGGCCGGACCGCGAAUCCGACGGGAGUUUGGCGAUGUUGGGCGUCACCAGCUUGGCGUUGCCCGUGUUUGGGUCGAAGAGGCCCAGCUGCUCCCUCGACGCGCGGACCACCAGCACCGGAAAGAGCCCUUUGUAGGUCAUGCACGUGUAAUCGGCGUUGUCGGUCCACGGGAAGUGACGCGGCUUUUUGGUGGCGCCCUGGAGGAUGCGGAGCGUGGCGUCUAG